CCAAAACUAAAAGUCCCCAAAAAUUUCCCUCUAAAACCAACAAAGAGGCGGUUCCCCCCUUUCGCAUUCUAGGGUUUUAAAACCCUAAAAAAGGAAGAGAAAAGAAAAAAGAAAAAAAAAUCCCCCGCUCCAACGAAACCAUCGGAAGAAAUCUCAAUCGACCUAGGGCUUCACCACCAAUGGCCUCUGCGAGUCUCACGAGGGGAGCGAUCUCGGCGAUCUCACUCGGGGUCGAGAUCGUGAAGCCAGUUCUCCAGGCGACGGACAUAAGGCUGGUCCACACGGCGCAGAGCACGACGGAGAGGUACCGGAUGAUGCUCUCCGACGGCGACCACAUGCAGCAGGCGAUGCUCGCCACGCAGAUGAACAGCAUCGUGAAGGAGGGGCGACUGCAGAAGGGAUCCAUCGUCCAGUUGAAUGAGUUCAUCUGUAAUGUUAUUCAAGGCCGCAGGAUUAUAAUUGUCAUCAACCUGGAAGUUGUAGUUGAAAAGUGUGAGCCGAUUGGGGAACCGAAAACCUAUGACGCUUCUGCUGCUCCACAGAACCGAACUAUACCAGCACCUUCAUCCGUAGUAAACCAGCCGGGUGUGGCCUCUGGAGUGCCUCAAAUGUAUGGUGGUUCACACUCUGCUAGUCCUGUUGCUGGUCAAAACAUGAUGAGUGGAGCUUCUGUUAGUCCUAAGCAGGAUCCACUCACAAAUCCUGCAUCCUAUGGUGGUGCCAUGCCAGGGAGGAAUAUGGGCGGCUCAAAUUCCUUGCACUCAAAACCGGAUCUUGGUGCUGGCAAUCCGGUUGGUUCAUAUGUAAAUGGUGGUAUUCAGAACCAACGGUUCUCUAACACAUCAGUUGGAGGAUUUCGUCCUCCGGGAAAUACUUAUGGUCGCCCAGGUCAGCAAGCCUACCAGCAGCCACCUUCCAUGUACAUAAAUCGGGGGCCGAUAGCUAGGAAUGAAGCUCCUGCUCGUAUAGUUCCAAUUGCUGCUCUGAAUCCUUACCAAGGCAGGUGGACAAUCAAAGCUAGGGUGACUUCUAAGGGGGAGCUAAGGCGCUACAACAAUCCUAGAGGAGAGGGCAAAGUGUUCUCUUUUGACCUUCUUGAUUCUGAGGGUGGAGAAAUUAGAGUGACUUGUUUCAACCUUGUAGCUGACCAGUUUUAUGACCAGCUCGAGGCUGGAAAAGUGUACUUAAUAUCCAAGGGAACCUUGAAGCCUGCGCAGAAGAAUUUUAAUCAUCUCAAUAAUGAUUAUGAAAUAUUUCUGGAGGCUACUUCAACAAUCCAGCCUUGUCCAGAGGAGGACAACUCGAUCCCGAAGCAGCAAUUCAGUUUUCGACCGGUAAGUGAGAUUGAGUCCAUGGAGAACAACACCAUGGUUGAUUUGAUCGGUGUAGUGUCUUCAAUAAAUCCUCCAGGUACAAUAAUGAGAAAGAAUGGCACAGAAACACACAAAAGAACCCUUCAGUUGAAGGAUAUGUCAGGUCGAAGCGUUGAAAUUACUUUAUGGGGGAACUUCUGCAGUGCUGAAGGCCAGCAGAUGCAAGAGUUAUGUGACUCUGGUGUCUGUCCUAUUUUGGCUAUCAAAGCUGGCAGAGUGAGUGAUUUUAGUGGUAAAUCUGUGGGGACAAUCACCACUAGCCAGCUAUUCAUAAAUCCUGAUUUUCCUGAGGCGACCAAGUUAAAGGAGUGGGAUUCACAAAUGGGAACGCCUGAUUCCCGAAAGACCGUUACACAAAUAAAGGACGAGGGUCUUGGGAGAUCUGAGAAGCCUGAUUGGAUCACAGUAAAGGCUACAAUUUCUUUCGUUAAAUCUGAUAAUUUUUGUUAUACAGCCUGUCCAUUGAUGGUGGGUGAUCGUCAAUGCAAUAAGAAAGUUAUAAAUAAUGGUGAUGGAACAUGGCAAUGUGAGAGGUGUGACCGAAGUUUUCCCGAGUGUGAUUAUAGGUACUUACUUCAGUUUCAGAUCCAAGAUCAUACGGGUAUGACUUGGGUGACAGCAUUCCAAGAAGCCGGUGAGGAAAUUAUGGGUGUUCCUGCAAAAAAGCUGUACUACUUGAAAUUCGAGGAGCAAGAUGAAGUAAAAUUUUCUGAGUUCAUAAGAAACAUAUUAUUCAAUCAGUAUUUGUUCAAGUUGAAAGUAAAAGAGGAAACAUUCAGUGAUGAGCAGCGUGUGAAAUCAACCGUUGUUAAAGCUGAAAAAGUGAACCCAGCAUCAGAGAGCAGGUAUCUUUUGGGUCUCAUUGGUAAGCUUUCAGUUGAAUCUUCCAAUGGACUUCCACGUCUUUCCGUGCCUAACGCUGGAUACAUGCGGUCAACAUCUAGUAACUUUUCGACCAGUGGUGUUGCUGAUCGAUAUAGAGUUGAACCAGCAAACCAAGCAGGACUUAAAGCUAAUAUUGGAUAUGGUGGAGUUAUGAAUCAUAAUGUUGGAUCUCAAGCAUUCUGUAAUAGUUGUGGGUCUGCUGGUCACACUCUCCAGAAUUGCCCUAGGAGCUUGAACAGGCAAGGACAGUCUUUUGGUGGGGAUUUUGGCAAUAGGGUUUCAAAUGUCGCGAAUGAUACUGGUAAUGUGUGCUUCAAAUGCAACCAAACUGGACACUGGGCUAGAGAUUGUCCUGCAUCAGGUGAUAUAGCGAAUAGAGCUUCAAAUGUCUCGAAUGAUUCUGGUAAUGUUUGCUUCAAAUGCAACCAGUCCGGACACUGGGCUCGAGAUUGUCCUGCUUCUAGUGGUAUCCGCGCGUACAGGUAGACAUAUAUGGUAGGAAGUUAUGUGCUGGUAUUUUUAUAGUUUGUAGUAUUCUCAGGUCUGAGCCGGGGAUAUAUUUUGCAUGGUUGGUGUUUUUGUGUAUAGAACUGAACUCUCCCUGUCUUGCUGAAAUUAGGUAGAUGCCUUUCAGAAGUUCUGCUGAACUCUUUUUUGCUGCUGCUAUGUCUCUUAAGUUAAAUGCUCUAGAGUCUUUGCAUGUUUCUGUACA